AUCGUAACGUGCUCUAGUGUACGACGGUCGUUUACACACACGCCGCCGCUAUUAGAUAGCGAGUGCGACAUUCGUCCGGGCGAUUCACCGCGGGAAAUAUGAAUGACGCCGCUAAACGCGCCGCAUGCACCGCCACUGUCAUACUGUUCGUACUCUUAUCGGUCGUCAUCAAAGGUAUUUGAUAUGAGGAUUAUUAUUUUUUUUCGUAAUUCGAAUACGUAAAUCAACAUCGUCUCAUAAUUUUUUUUAUUUAUUUAUUUAUAUUAUUAUUAUUAUUAUUUGGUGCACAGCAUAAAAACGCAUCAAGAGGUUCAAUCAUAUAGGUACCCAUCAAACACACGCUUUUAUAUAAUAUUAUUAUUUUAUAAGUCGUCGUCGCUAAUAUUAUAACACAGGUAAACGGGUGUACGAUUGUGUUGCACAUAAUAACAUAUAUGCGUAGAAUGCACACAAAAACGUAAAUCACGUAUCUAUACGCAUAUAAUAUAAUAUUUAUGUUUAUUGUGCUCACGGAUUUACGACUUACGGUCACGGAAACUUGCGGGUGACCUGUGACGCGUGCUUUCAGAAAGAAUUGCUCCAGUGUUGCCGUUUAUAUGGGUAGUCAUAGGGGCUAUGCCCCCUAGAUGUUUCGGUCCCCAUACGCAUUGUUAAUAAACUCAAUUGCUCAAAUCUGUAUGUGUAUCAAGUAAUAAUGUUAUAAUUAUAAGCUUUUCAGUGAUAAGCCCAAUCAAUCAGCUACUAUUAUUAUAUUGAUCAUUGAUUAUAUUCAUCAAAAUUUUUAUUUUAAUACCUUAAUUACUAAAAAAAAAUAACAUUUUCCACUUUUUAAAAUGUACUAAAUAUCCAAAUAUGUUUUAAAUCAUAUUAUACUACACAUUUUAAUAAUUUAAUAUCUUACAAAAUGGCUAUUUUUCAAAAUUAUAAAAUAAAAGUAAUUUUUUCAAUAAUAAGAGAUGAAAAUAAAAAUUUAAUUUAUCUUUACAUAUGGCUCCUCUCACAAAAAACCCGAUUGAAAAAAAAAUAUAAAACAAAAUUAAUAAGACAGAAUUAUUAGCAUAAGCAUAACAAUGUAGAACUCCCUGUAUAACAGACAUAAUACAUUGCAAUAGUCUCUAUUUUCGUAAAAAAUUCGACAAAAAGAAAAACAGAUAGUUAUAAUACUUAUUAUAGGUAUAUAUUCGAUUACUAAAAUUAAGUGACUUGUUCAGUUAUGAAUCAUUAAUUAUAUACGCCUAUAUUAUAUUAUAUUAGUCAAAUAUCAGAUAGGAUGGUAAUCCAUUCUGGAGGCCCUAAUCCAAAAGAAUAAAAUAAUAUUAUAUUCGGUGGCACAAAAAGAACACACGAAUUAUUUUUCCAGCUAGGAGAGGUGUUAAACGAACUAUAUUUUGUAUUUACCUAUACACAUUUAUUAAUUUAACAAUAAAUUAAAAUAAUCGGAUACUCCCCAUUAAACAUCGUACGUGUUUUUGAGGUUUUUGACGUACAAUCAAUUUUUUUUUUUUAGUACUCAGCUAAGACCUUUUGACCGGUUUUCGGCCCCGUCCCAAAAUAAUACGCAUUUCAUAAUAUACGCAACACAAUCACCACUAAUUAUACCCUCGCUAGACUUCCCCUCAUCAUAUAUCACGUACACACGAGAUUUAAAUUUAAUUACAAUAAAAAUACACCAGCUAAUUCCAUUUCAGUAAUAUGAUACAAUGACAUAUUACAUAUUACCUAUUACAUAAAUUGUACAAUACAUAUUAUAUAAUUAUCUUCUAUUUUUUUGUCUCUUUUUAGCAACAUGCUGUAUACUUUUAUUCUUAUCCUCUAGACAGUCUAGAUACACAACAAAUUUUCUCCAUCUAUUCCAAUUACCUAUAAACAUCAUCAAAGGCACCACAGAGGGGAGGGGGCAAAAUGGGUCAACUGUAUGUACUUUUACUACUGGCAUACGAUUUUAUUAUAAAAUUUCUAAAAUAAAUAGUUUUCCCCGUUUUGCCCCAGGUGGGAUUUUAUUCUACGGGGGUGCUUGAACACGAGUAAAUUCAUAAAUUUAAAAUAGAUACCUACUUAUUAUUAUUUAAUGCGAAUUAACAUUUAACAGAUAUAAAAAAUAAAAAUCAGUACAUUAUCAUCAAACACCGCUGCACCAUUUAGGUACAGUGUACACACACUAUUUUUAAACACUGAUUGCAUCAUAUUUUAUAAUAAUUAUAUCUUUGGUCCCAACCUCUCAGGGAUAUUUGGAAUUUUAUUUUAUAUAAUUUCGGUUCCUCUAGUUUUCAUUUUAAAUGACAUAAUUAUAUGUAUAUUUUAAUGCAUCUGGAAAUUUAAAUACCUGAAGUCAUUAUGGCGUACUUUUUGAUGGCAAAAAAGGCACAAGCCAUAUUAAUUAUAUAUCAAUUUAGCCAUUUUACAAUUAUGCCAUUAUGUUAUUUUUACCAAUUCUCAAAAUAGAAUUGACUUGUCAGUAUAAGCAAUUACAAGUAACUUGAAAACUAUAAAAAUAUAUUCAUAUUGUUUUUUUUUUUUUUUUUAUGCGAUGACAGCUACGGUGGUGUUACUUACUACUCCGUUCACGUUCACGGCGGUGUGGUCGCAAAUCGAUUUCGCCCGAAAUGCGUACUACUUAGGCACCCUAUAAUAUUAUGUUUAGAUAUUACCAUGGCGAUUUGGCGCUACAUUAUGAAAAUAAACAACAUUGCUGUACUCUUUCCAGUGUAUACAGUAAAAUAUAACAACAAUAAUAACUUUAAUAUGACGUACAUAUAAACACACACACACACUUAUACCGUAUACCUUAUAUUUAUAUAUUUUUUUUAAUAGGCACCGGGUUAAGGACGUCUACACGUGACACGUGUGCGACGGGUCGUCCCGUUGCCUGCUACAGAAAAUACUGAAAUGUUUUAUAUUACGCGUGGUAUACUAACGGUUUGUCGCCAUUGUCGGGUAUAUACCUAAUAUUAUUUUUAAGUAUCAUAAUAUUAUUAAUAUAUUGUUUGUCACAGAUCGUGACAUGUUUGGUCAGUGACGGACUUAAGAAUUUGUCAUGUGGGGCAAGAACCAGAUAAUUUUAUCAGCGCAGAGUCAAAAGGUUAGGUUGCCGAAAGGGCCAUUUUUCACAUUCGUAUAACAUAAAUACUGUGGGUCGUAGAAAUAAAAUAAUAACGACUCAGGGAGCUUUUUUUUUAUUACACUCAUAAACUAUAGUUUCUUUUUGAAAAUCGAUAAGAGAAAAAAAGAAAAGAUUGUUUUCCUGAACCCCUGAUAGUGUCUAAGUAAAUAUUGUAUAAUUUUAUAUUAUUAGUAACUCCGAGAGACAGGUAUAUGGCUGUAUUGUGUUGAAAGUGCGUAUUAGAAGUUUUUUGUUUUUUUAAAUUUUUUUACUUUUUAUACUGUAAACAGAAUAUAGAUAUUAGGCAUAUUUGAUACAAUUUUAAAGUAAUUUUUUCGAAUUUCUACAAUCAUUAUAACUCCAACCUCAUUUAAAAUAAACAUAAAGUAUAGGUACUAUGCCAGCAUAAAAAAAAAAAAAAAACGUCAGCUGAGUGCAUUUUAUUGUGACGCAAAUGGCAAAGUAUACCUAUGGGUUAUGGUUUGGCAUCCAUGAUCGAAAAUCAGGUUCUAUUUCUGAGUGUAUUACAAAAUUAUAAAGUGAUUGUAUAAUAACUGUAGAAUAAUAUAUAACACUUAUUUCAGUAAAAAUUUAAAAAAUUUUCCGGGUAACCAUAAUCUAAUACAUAUGCAUUAUGUAUGUAAUAAGAUAAUCUUUGAUGUUGUGCUAUAAACUAUAGUGAGUAUGAUCGAUAUCGGUCUAUUAUAUUGACAAUGUUUACUUACUUUAAUAUACAAACAGUUGUUUGAGUUAGGCUAGGUUAGGCUAAAAGCGGUUGUCUACGAUUUUUUAAUUUGAGUAUCAAUAUUUUGGGGCCUAUGCCAAAGCUCUCCAUAGGUCUGAUUGCCCACAAAAAUAAGUGUGUACUACGAAAAAUGACAAAAAAAAUAGGCACUAUGUCGUAAAAAUAUGUUUUUUUCCUAGGUACUUAUUACCUACGUUAUAAUGGAACGAUAGUAUGUAUAAUGUAAUAAUAUAUUAUGUAAAUUUCAAUGUGCGUGUGACAUUACGUAGUGGCUUUUUUUAAUUCUCGCGGCAGUUGAUGCGUCAUACCUCCGUAUGAUAUGCGUAUGUUUCUCUCGAGUUUUAUUAAUUUUAAUAAAGUAAUCGAAAAAAAAAAAAACUCUUAAUUUGAAAUAUUAUACAAUAAACGUGGAUAAUAUGUGAGGUUUGAGUAUUUGCUAAACACUAUACACUGCACGUAGGUUUUAACUUGACGUAAACUUAACACAAAUAACAUUUAACGAGAAAAAUAAUUCCUAAAUAAUAAUUCCGAUUUUUACGUGAAAUAUUUUUUCUGAAAGCUCAAGUUGUCUAGUUGGUUUUUAAACAGGUUAUUUUUUGAUUUUCGAUGCCAAUUUUUUAAAUAAAAGCACUUAAGCGGGAAAAAAUGUAGGAAAACGUAAAAUGUUACGAUUUCAUUAUUUUAUAAAAACACGGAAAUUUUCUACCAUAAAAAAUGAUUUUUACUUUCUUACGGUAUUAUCGCCAAAACUUUUGAGCUUCUUUUGAGCUUUAAAGGAAUUUUAAUUUUUGGGAGUUAUUUUGCUGUAAUUCGGUUAUAAAUAUACGUAGAAACUUGAAACUCGGUAAUAAUACUUAUAUUGGACUUACAUAGACGUGGUGAAAUUUCCAAAAUUAUCGGACAACUUUUUUUUUUAUAAUAAUACAAUAAAAUGCAACAUCUGAAAUUCUUGAACUUAUUUAAACUGAAUACUCAUUAAUAAGUUCAAGUGUUUAUUUGUAACUCGUUAAAUGCAGAAACCUUUCGAGGAAUGUCAAAUCUAUUGAAUAAUUAAUUCGAAUAAUAUUUAGAUUAGUGUUAAAAAACUUAUUCUGAACACAUUUGAAAAGUAUUUUUACAAAACUGGAAUCUAUCUAUAGACUUCUGGUCCAAUAUAAUUUUUCUCUCAGUUAAUACUGCAUAUAACCGUUUCAUUCUUAUAACGAUUUUUUUUUUUUUUAACCUACUUGUGUGUAGAUUAUAUUAUUUUGUAUAUGACUUCAGUCCGUGCGAGUGGUAAUAUAUAUUGAUUAUUCGUGCCCUUUCUGGAUCGAUUUCCACGAACAAUAAAAACAAAAUGUUAAGUGAUAACUCCCCAUAACCUUAAAAAUGAAACUAUGAAUGAUUAGUGUAUGCCUACACUAUUAAUUUCCGAAAUAUACCACUCCGCCUGUAUCUGGUAGAGAAUCCACUGUAUCUGGCAUUCCAUACCACAUUUUAUUUAAACCGAAUAAAUCGAUGUGAUUUAAUAUGUACCGUCAUCCUGGUUUACACAAGUGAAAAAUAAAUAAAUUCUUUAUUAUAUAAGUAAUAAGUAUAUAAAUAUUUUCAAUGAGUUUCCAUUCUCGUGACCUAAUUUUUUUAAACAUAUUACGAUCUCAUAGUAAUACAUUUUAAUAUUUUCUAAAUAAAUGUAUACAAUUAUUUUCUUAAUACAUAUUUUAUAUAUUUCAAAAAUUAAAAUUAUAAUCAAAUGUUAGGGGAAAAGUGUAUAAAAUAUAUUUUUACGUUAUACAUAUACACUGGCUAUCAAAUUUGUUUUGUGGUAAAAACUACGGCAUUUCAAAACAUGUAUAACCGAAUUUCACUUCAGAAUCAAUUUUCAUUAGCAACGGGUUUAUCAUCACGUACAGAUAUAAAUUAAAUAACAUUACAACUUCUCACUUACAACAGUAGCACGUCCAUGUACAGUAUAAAUUAUUUUAUAUCAUUUUUUUAUAAUAUUAAAAUAUUUAAAUGCCGACAUUUUUCUCCAUCGUGGAUUUUUAUUUGUAGGACUUUUGUUCGGAGAUUCGUUAUUAUAUAGAUUUGAUUUCAAAUUAUAGUGAAAGUUUUAGAAAAACACUCACGUGUACGUGGCGACUAUAUAGCCUGAGUCAUCGCCUUGAACAACACGAAAUUUGAAGAUGAGAGCUCUGUUUCUAUAUAUCUGGCCGAUUUAACGGCGCCAAACUUUAUUGAUUCAGCACUUUACUACUAUGUAUGGAUGAGCGGCGUGCAGUCUCUCGGUUCAUGUCACGGUGACGGGUUUUUCGAGCGAUUUUUUUUUUUGAAAUUACACCGGAAACUGGUUUACAUAUAUUGUAAUAUAAUAAUUAAAUAUAAUAUAGACAAAUGCCCAGCAAAGCCGUACAAAUGUAUUUCACUCGUAUGGGGAUUGGAAUUUUAUUCUAUACCUAUUAUAUAUGUUUAGGUGUAACAUGGUGCACGACAAAGUAUAUAAUAUUAUAUAAGGUCUCUUAUAAGUUACCUAUAAGCUUCGAAUGACCUUAAUUCUCGAUUACCGGAAAUUACUCUUACAUUAUUUAUUAUAAUAUCUUCAAUCGAUUUUUUUUUUUUUAAUGGAUUAAUUUCAUUUUAAUAUAAUGCAAUUCUGAAUUCAGAUCAAUAUUUUUUCAAUAUUAUUGGUUUAAUAGUAUAACCAUCACAUUUUUUGUGUAACCAUAAUGUAUUAAUGUUUAUAUACAUACACACAUACACACACACACAUAUGUAUACAUGUUUUUUAGAUUUGGAGCAUAACGAGGGAUCUAUUGGUUUUAUACUAUGAUGUGUGUUUUUUUUCUAUGUGUAAACAAUUUUUCUACCAGAACUAUUGGUUUGAAAUAUGAAGUGUAGAAUAUUUUCUGAAAGGUUAUUUUCUAUAAUUGAUGCUGGGAAGGUCAUUUUUUAAUUUUCUAAGCUCUUUUAGAAAUAAUUGGGAAAAACCCGAAAGAAAAUUACGGGUAAAACUGCAAAUAUUUAUAACGCAUCGCGACGUAGAGAAGUCAAAACGAUCUUUUGACUGUGGGGCACAAUAAAAAAAAUACUUUGACAUAAAUUAUUUUCUAAGAAUUACACUAGUAAGAAAUAAUAAUAUCAUUUUUAUAUAAAAUUAACUAUAUUUAUUAUGGUCUCCACUAUUAUGUGUUCAUAAUCUUUAUUAAAACUUUUCAUUAAGAAUUCAAAAAUUAUUAAAAAAAUCAUUUUAAAUAGUCUACUAUUAACGCUUUCUAGGACUGUUUUAAAAGAAAAAACCCAUCAAUUUGUUGUGCAAAACCACGUCGGGUAGGUAACAAGAAAACAAAUUCAUUUUUGUUGUGUCUAUGUUUCGAAAUGGUAACCUCAUUUUAUGCGAUUACCUACUCACCUUUUUUAUUAGUUUUCGUUGCAAUUAUUCUUUCUUUCUUUUUUACUUUAUAAAAAAUCUAUAUUCCAGUAUUAAAAUUGUAACUAAUUGUAAUUAUUAAUAUACAAAUAAAACUUAUUAAGUACAGUAAUUUCAACACAUUUCAUGAUAAUCGUGCUAAUCGUGAGGUUCAAUCGUGAAGACAAUUAAUAACAAUUUCAUGGUUUAAAUAAAAAUAUUGACUACCUACUCUUUAUACAAUUGCUCACUCGGACAAUUUUUGUGACUUGUGUUUUUUACCAGAAAUAGAUAAACAACAAGAGACCUUUUUUAUUUAAUUUUUAAUUAAGUUGGUAACAAAAAAAGUCGUGUUUUUGAUUUUUCUUGUAGUUUUUUAAAUAAUUGAGGAAAACCGAAAAAUCCGUAGAAAAAACGGGAAAAUGUACAAAAAUAAUUUUUUUAUUAUUUAAAAUUUUGAUUUUUAAUGUAAUUCGGUUAAAAAUAUCCAUAAAGACUUGAAAUUUUGGCAGAAAACUUAUACAAGUUGCUUUUUCGAGAAGUGGUAAAAUUUUUAAAACAUUUGAGCCGUUUUUUAGCUAUAUUUAUAAUUAUAGAUUAUUGAUAUUAAAUGUUGAAUCAACAUUUUAUUCAAAGAAAUAUAUAUAUAGAGUUGGAUUUUGCUGCGUACAAUGUUCUCAAACUAUUUCUUGACUUCGCAAAACCGUUUAGCUAUAAUGCUAUAUACUAUAUAAACUACAGUUAUAAAAAUGGUAAUAAAUAAUAAAGUAGGUGGGUAGUACUUACCUAUUUAAUGCAUACAGAAUCAGUGUUAUUCUUCGACAUUUUUAAAGUGGAAUAUUUCGCUUUAGAAUUUGAAAUUUAAAAACAAGGGUUGUCAUUUAAAAAAAAAUCCAAAAGCUUUCAAUAAAAAAUUUAAAAAAACAUGAACUACAGAACUAUGUUAAUAGAAUCGAAUUUUCUAUCAACUGACUUUUUGCCGAUACAAAAUUUAAUAUUUUUUUAUUUUUUUAAAUAAAAUAUUUCCGUGUGUAAGAUACUUGCUUUAACCAAGUUAAUUAAUUUCAGGGGUAGUUUGAACUGUCUGAGUAUAUUCAAGAAAGAUUCUUUGUGCAGAUAAUCAUAUGUCUUCUUGAAAUUGAUAAAUAAAUAGGUACAUGUACGUCUCUGGUAAACUUCAAUAUUUUCUAGAAAACUUGUUUCAAAAUAAAUAUCUGUUUUUUAGUAGCUCUAAGUUAUCUAAAACUUGUUGUUAAAACACUUACUAAAAUAAUUGCCUUAUAAUAAAUACUUUCUGCCCAUGGCUUAAUUCUUUUUAAUAUACGCUUGGAUAGGACUUUAUAGGUAACGUUUAAUAUUGUUUUACCUGUUUUUUAAAUAUAUACACUCUAAUCUGCACGAAAAACAUACAAAUUUUGUUGGUUUUAAUUUCUAAAAAUGUUUAAAACUCCUUGAACUGUUCUUUUUCGAUACAUUUUGAUUGUUUUAUUUGUUCUUUUUUGGCUGAACUCUUGCUAGAUGAUGUUUUAUGAAAAUGCUUAUUUUUAGCAGUACUAACUGCGGUAAUGUAUGAAGAUAUUUUACGUUUCAACAUAUUAAAAUAAUAUUAAUUGUUAAUAACUAUAUAGUAGAUACUAAAAAAAUAAUACUUUAAAUAUUAAAUAAGUACCAUGGACUAAAAUAUAAUGGGUACUUAACUAAACAACAACAAUAAUACAAAUGUGGGCCGUUGUUAAAUGAUAACCGUCAAAAUAGUGAUAGGUACACCGUUGUGCGGGUACAAUUAUUAUUGUAAGAUUUUUGCCGUUCAAGGUGUUGCCAUUCAAGAUUUUGACGUAGACUCAUACAAAUAACAACGCCGCCGGUUCAUAAGCAACUCUGCAUUAAGUUACUGUUGGCUACUGGAUUUAAACGCAAUUAGAACAGCAAUCAGUUGCAGCUGCAGUCUUUUUUUAACAUUUAAUUCUAUAUCAAUUUAGUUCAAUGAUUAUUUAUUGCAGUCAUAGAUGAUAAGCGCUUUAAUUGAUGAUUAUAAAAUACGGUAAUGCCAUCUUAUCAUUUUAACUGACUGACAAUAAAAAACAAAUUAUUACAAUUAUAUAAUUAAAUAUACCUUCUACCUAAAUAAUAAAUAUAAACAUUUUGAAGUAUUAAGUAUUGUAGGUUAUAAUAUAUAAUGGCGAUGAACAUCCCAAAGGGUGAGAGGCGAUCUACUAAUCGCCAACCAUUUCGAUAUCCGUUACUGACUUUAUCUAUAUCUAGAUAUGCUUUAUCUAGACAACCUAAUAAUAUACUGAUCUGCAUCAGUAAAAGAAAGAAUUAUUCGAUAAUAAUAAAUAGAGCAUUGAUGCAUAGUUGCAUAAUUUAUGACUAAAUGAAACUAUCUUUUAGUCAUAAAAAUUGUUUUUAUUCUAACUAUAACGAAAAAAAAAUUAUUUCAACCGUAUUUUAAUUAAUUAAAAUUAAAUUUACCUAUAAUAUUAAAACGAUGUCGAUUAUUCAUACGUGCUUUACCUAUAGUUUUAUUUGAGCUGUAUUGCUAGUAUUUUAGAGUGAUUCAUUAAUUUCAAAUAUAUCACCCGUAAUAAUAAUAAUGAUUUGUAUAAUCUACAUAAUAUAAUAAUAAUUUAUAUUCUUAUAAGUUAACUUCAUUAUACUGAUUAAUGAUAAUAAUUUAUCGGAAGGGAGGGGGGUCGUAACAAAGUCACUAUUUUCGUGAUGGAGUAGCCAUGUUCAUUUAACCAUCUGACUUAACAAAUGAAAGCAAAUUUUAUACGUUCGUAAACCAAUAUUUUAGAUUCUGAGUGGAGCGAGAAAUGUAUUAGUUUUACAAUGAUGUUUAUUUUUUUUUAUGUGAACACUUUUUCUAUCAGAAAGCUUACUCCGAUUAUCAAAUAUAGCACCUUUUCUGAAAGGGAAUUUUCUCUGAGUAGUACUAGAAAACCUGGUUAUUUGGGCUGAAAAAGAUUAAAUAAUUUAAAAUAAAGUUGUCAUUGGCAACCGCUUUUAUUUUAUUUUUUGUUAUUGAGUUUUUAUUAUUUUAAUAAUCUUUUUUAAACAAUCAUUGUUGUCAUGGAAACACACAUUGUUGAAAAAGCAAUAAUAUUGACCGAACUAUACUAAAAUAAAAUAAAUUUCGAUUUCAAUACAUUCUUUUAACUAUUAAUCUUUAUGUUACAUUUCUUUAUUCUAUACUUAAGCAUUACAUCAGCUGAACUCUGCUCAGAAUCGUUUUUUCGUUGGCAAUGGAUUAUCUCAUUACUUACAGAUAUACAUUAAAUUCCCUUAUGUAUCCUACCUUCCCAACUUCCCAUCUACAACAGUACAUCCACGUGCGAAGUAUGUCAGUUUUAUUAAUUCUUGAUUUUCAUAGAAAACAUUUUGUAAUUUUAAACAUUAAGUGUAUCAUUUUAAUACACUUAAAGUUAAGCACUCCAAAGUUGAGGUUAGGUUUACCAUAAUAGAUUUGAUUUAACAUUAAAUUAGCAGUUUAAGUCGUUCAAAUCUAUCAUGAACGUAUUUUUUUUUAAUGAGAAGAAUGGAGGGUUUGGGAGUUAUAGUGUAAUAUUAUGGCGGUCAAAUCUGUCGGACUAUAACUAUUGGCUUUGCCGAAGUGGGGAAGGUGUCGAGAUAACCGUGGUAGUGUUGGGGUUAGGCACAGGGAAAGUAUACUCUAUGUCAUCAGUAGCGUAUUUUCAAUUUUUUUGAGGGGGGGAGGUCAAAUUUGUAUAAAAAAUAAGUAAGUUUAUAAUACUAUAAUAAAUACUAAUGAUAAGUUAUGAGAGUUAAUAAUUAAAUUUUUUAAUAUUUUUUGUACUAGAAUCUAAACAUAAUUAUAAUAUUAUUAUAUAAAACAUAAUUUUAAUACAGCCUUUAAAAUUAUUUUAUUUUGUUUUACUUCUGAUGGGGGGGGGGUCGAGACAUGGGAACCCCUUCACCCUCACGAAAAUACGCCGAUGUUAAAUGCCAUAAUAUAGAAAGGUUGAUGCAUAAGUUAAAUAAGUAUACUUAAUGGAUUUUCUCAUUUUGUGAUGUACGAAAAUAGUUAAUAAGUAUACUCUGUGCCCUAUGGAGUUAUAUAAUUUUAUGACACUGAAAACUAAAAUUCGAAUCCUACGCCUACAUUAAGACUGCAAGAAAUUUUACUUUUAAAAUAAUAUGUAAGAAGAAAAUGUUUAACUAUCAAAGAUUCAAUCAUAUUUCAUAUAUAAUGGAUGGCGUGUAAAAGUAAAAUAAAAAAAAGCAAAACUCCCCUUUUUUUAUUGCCUCUAGACAAUUUCAAUUUGGUUAUUACUUCAAGGUCAUACAUUUAUAGAAAGAAAAAUAUUAACACCAAUCUAUUAAAUAAAAGGGAGAUAGUAAAUCGUCCACGAGAAAAAGGCGUUAGCACGACGAGCACAUACGCGCCCAGGUAGUCUGAAACAGUGACAAACAAUGUCAAAGUUUACGUCGUCCACGUCACGACAAAACAUUUAUUUACAGCGACGAGAUAAAACAUUUUUCACCUUGUAUAAUAUACUAGGUUAUUCGUUUAAGUGGAUACACUCAUUACCUCGGAAAUAAUUAAAUUUUUCCAAAAUUAGUUUUCCAGAACAUUUAAGAAACAAGCUCCUCCACAAUUUUAUAUUAAUGUUAUUGUUAUUGCCACCCUUAUUUUUAGGGGUAAAACCACUACCGACUUUUGAUUUUCAAAAUGGGCAAUCUAUAUUAAAAAGUCCAUAAAUAGAUUGAGUAUUAGUUAAAAUACAUUUUAGUGUUGUAAUUUUUGAUUUCUGUCAAGCCGUUGACGAGAUAUACCAGUUUUAAUUUUAGGUUGGGGAGAGUUAACAUUAUUAACACGCCGCGCGCUGUCACACUAACAAUUACUAUUAUUUUCCAAUUCAAACUUAAAAGUAGAAUAUCUCGUCAACGGAUCGACGGAAAUCAAAAAUUUCAACACUAAAAUUUAUUUUAACUAAUACUCAAUCUAUUUAUGGACUUUUAAAGAUAAUUUUCCAUUUGAAAAUCAAAAGUAGGUAGUUGUUUUACCCCUAAAAAUAAAGGUGAUAAAAAAUAACAUAAAUAUAAAAUUAUGGAGCACCUUAUUUCUUAAAUGUUCUAGAAAACAAAUUCUUGAAAAAGUUAAUAAUUUCCGAGAUAAUAAGUGUACCCAUUUAAAUGAAUCACCUUGUAUAUCACGACCGGACAUUCAGUCAGUUAGUGUCUAUGUACCGACUAGUUUUGAGUUUUCGAAAAUGGAUUUCAUUUAUAUAGACAAUUUGACGUUGUAUCCGAAGAUGUUUGAGAGUAUCAGAAUGUUAGUGUCCCUAUUUUCAAAACAUUUCCUGGAAAAACACAUCCUGAGAAUACAUAUUCGACUGAAACUAGCCAAACCACCUCCGAAAGCAAAAUCCAUACCAAUAGGACAAAAAAAAGUGAAAAGGAAGUCAAAAAUGCGCUCCUUGUUUAACAAUGUGUAACAACGUGUAAGUAAAUUUUGACUGGACUUUAAUUGUAGGUAUAUAAGUAUUUAAUAAAAUAUUCCAUUUUGACUUAAAAUUAUUUUAGCUGUGAUUUUUUAAAAAUUAUUUUUGUAUGUAAAUUUUUAAAAUAUUUAAUAAAUAAUAAAAAUAAUUAAAUAUUACAUUUUUUUGGUCGUGUUAAUGACAAUAUUUGUCAUUUGAAAGCUUGACAAUUAUCAUACUAUGUGAUCGUUGAAAGUACUAUAAAAUCGUGAAUGUAUUUAAUAAACAUGAAAUACAUUUUUCAGCCGUUCAUGGUUCCCUUUUGUCGGGCAUAACAUUUUACUGUCGUGAAUAAAUUGUUUAGACGUUAGAAUGAUUUUCUGGUCAUUAUGAGUUCAUAUGCUCGUCGUGCAAAUGCAAAAAAAUAAAAUGAGUCAACCUGAUUACACGUGUAAUCUGCUCAAUUAAAAUAUUUUGAAUUACGAUAAAAAAAAAGGUUUUCUAAACACAUCAUAACUUAACAAUCAGCUAAUUUAACAUAUUAGUUAUUAUUAUUUAUUACUUGUACAAUUAAAUAGAAAGUUUUUAGAUGAAUUUUUUAUGAUAAUGCAUAGGUAAUAGUUAACAAUCGUGUAAUACUUUAUAAUUAAUCGUACAUCUGUAAUGUGUAAAGCAGAAAGGUUAUAGGAAUUUUUCCUGUGUGCCUAAAAUACAAAUUUAUUUCUCAACCCCGUAAGAUUAAUGAUGGACUUUUAUUUUGCAGAUUUGUAUAAUUUUCUUAUUAAUUACCUACUAUUUUUAUAUCAUGAAUAUUUUACGCGUUUUUGAAGAUAAUGAAAUUAUUAUCAUUUACAUUUUAUAAUUUUAUUUUUUUGUGACUUCAUUUUUAGUGCUAUAUUAAUAUAAACAUAUUUAGACUCUAAAUUAUUACAUUCUCUAAACUGUAGAGAAUGUAGUGAAUCUGCAGAAAAUAAACGACGAUUUAUUUAAUUUCCUUCAAAUAAAAACACAUGCUUUUUAGUGUGACUACGAUGAGAAAAACUUACACGUACGUGCUAUACGUAAACGAUUGCUACCUUAGACAUUUGAAGAUGGUUUGCUUAUACAUUAAGUUGAUUGGGAAACAGUGGUAUUUUUGAAACUCAAUCGAGAACACUAUCGAGAAGACCUGCAAAUAUUAUAAGUUUACAAGGUUUAAAUUCUAUGCAUGCGAUGAUUUUUUUAUAUUUCCUAACGCAAUACCCACUGGCAAAAAUGUUAAAAGUUCAAUAACACGGUAAAAGUGUAAACUUGUUACCAAAUAUAAUAGAAUACAUAAAUAAUUUUGUUGGCAUUUGAUUGAUGGUCCUUGUGAUAUGAAAAAAGAAAAAUGGAUCAUGUUUCUAUAUGCAUUUUUCCUAAAUAUAUAGGUACCGACUGAAUAAAUACUAAAUUAUCAAUAAACAAAUACUCAUGAAUUCAAACAUUCUAUACAUACAUUGCAUGGUAUUUCGCCAACGUAAUCACAAUUAUAUGUACUCUGCUAAUAUCUAAUAACGUGCCAAAAUGGUUGGUAUUAAAAUAAUAAUAUUAUGUUGUUGUUAGUUUGUUACUUAGUCGCCGUAUUUGAAAUUUUACGCCUUUUUUGUUUCCAAUAGCUGAACAGCACGAUACUAUUAUUUUAAAUUUUAUAUUAUAUUUAAUAUUAAACUUCUGGCAAUGAUACCGUGAGAAAGUAAAUUAAAAAGGCAACAAAAAAGGUGUCUUGUGAUUUUUCGAUUAAAUCAUUUUUUGUGGUAGAAAAUUUUAUUCGUGUUUUUAUAAUUUAAUGAAAUCGUGAUAUUGUACGUUUUUCUAAAAAUCUCUAUAGUACAAUCUAGGCAACUUGAACUUUCAGAAAAGUUUGUACACAUAAAAAUCGGAGCAAGUUUACUAGGAAAAAAUGUGUCUACAGACUAGAAGAAGAAAAAAAGAAAUAAACAACAUUGUAAAACCAAUAGCUCCCUCGCUACCUUCGAAAUCUAAAAGUAUGCAAAUAUUGGUCGUUUUAUAUAGAAUAUAGAAAUAAUUUAUUUUAAUUGGAGAGAUUAUUUAAAAUUAUUAGACACAGAUAUGUUAAGAAAUAUAAAUUAUUUGAUUAUUAUUUAUUAUAUAUAAUGUAUUGAUGUAUGAUAUUAUUUAUAAAAUCCGUUUGAACACAUAAAAUAUUAUUACAAUUAUUUUUCUUAGUUAUUUUCUAAAACAUGUUUAGCGAAAUUUUAAUUAGGGGCAGUUUUUAAGUUAUAUUUUAGAAAUGUGUUCUUUAUAUCUUAUUUGAAAAUUUCUAUUUGUCUUAACUGUAUAUAAUUUAUUACAGUUAAAUUUAAAUUUAUAAUAUAUAUAUGUAUACAAAUUUAUCAGCAUUUUCAAUAGAAGUGGGAUUUUUUGUGAAGUUUUUUACAGACAACCAUAUAAACAAUAGGUUUAUAUGUUUGACUAAAUAAUUAUUGGUCGUAAAAGCGAUUUUUACAUUGUUUAUAUUAUUGUUGAGAACUUUAGUGAAUUCGUUAGACAUAUUAUUUUGAUAUUUCAUACUACAAUAGUUAACAACAUUAUUUGGUGAGUUGUGUAUUAUGUUGUCUUUAGUACGUUUAUUAAUUUUUUUUAAUAGUAUUUAAAUUAAAAUUAUUUCUAUGGGCUAUAUUACAGAUAACAUUGUGCUCGUGUUGAUAAUUAUAUUUAUUUAAUGGAAUACGUUGAAGCCUAUAGAAUAAUGAAUUGAAAAAUUAUAUUUUUUGAGAAUGAGGGUGAUUAGAAACAUGACGUAUUAUAGCAUCAGUUUGUGUAGGUUUCUUGUGGAUACUAAAAUCAAAUUUAUUUUUUAUUAUGGAAACAGUAAGAUCUAAGAAAAUUAAUUUAUUAAUUUGUAUUUCGAGUGUAAAUUGAAUAUUUGUAUUUAUUUUGUUUAAGUAGUAAACUAAAUUUUCUGCUUGUUUAUUUGAACCUCUAAAUAAAAUGAACGUGUCAUCAACAUAUCCAUAAUACUCGUAUGCUUUUAUAUACGGACUGUAUAUUUAGUUGUUAAUAAUAUUAUUUGUUUCAUAAUUUUGCAUGUAAAUUUCAUAUAAAAGAGCACUUAAAGGACCAUCCAUAAAUAACCCAUAUUUUUUCGAUUGUAAUUUAUUAUUAUAUUGGGAAUAAUUUUAACUAAUAAUUAUAUUUAUUGAUUGAAUAACUUCUUGUACUUUAUUUUUAUUAAAUUUCUUACUAUGUAUAAGUUUAUUUUUUUAAAAAUUGACUGUUUCGUGUUUAGGAAUGGAUGUAUACAUCAAAAAUCAAAAAUGUAUAUAUAUAUAUAUAUAUAUAUAUAUAUAAAUUUUUGAUGUCAAAAGAAAUUAUUUUGCAAUCUUGCACAAUAUUAAUUUUUUAAAUUUUAUCAAUAGAAUCAUAAGUGUUUUUUUUUUUUAUAAAAGUAUCAGUAUUCAUGUUUAACUUUUCUUUUAUGAAAGAGUUUAAAUAUUUAGCAAGGUUAUACCUGAAGCCGUUUUAAAAUUAAUUAAUGGAUGAAUCGAAUUAUUUAUGUAAUUAUGUGGAUGGAUAUAAAUGUGGAGCCUUCAUUUUGUAGUCAAAUUUUAAUAAUAUUUUCUUUUGGACAGCAUAUAUGAUUUCUUUCGAAUUUGUUAUCAGUUUAUUAAUUUUUUUUUUGAGUAAAUUAUAUUUGGGUCAUAUGUUAAGUUUUGAAUAUUAUUAUUAUUUAUAAAAUCUAAAGUUUUUUUAUGAACUUUAUUAAUAUAAAUUAUAACAAUAGCAUUAGAUUUAUCUACCGGAACUAUUUCUGAAUCAUUUGUUUUUAAUUUAUUCACUAAGUUGUUAAUAAUCAUAUUUUGUCGUUUAACUAUAGUAUUUUGUUUUAAUAUUUUAUCAGGCUUAUUUUUGUAGUUUUUAUUUAUAACAGAUUCACAUUGAAUUAAUUGUUUUGUAAUUGAUUUACUUUAUUUAUUUACGAGUAUUAACUAUUUUAAUAAUUUUGUUUUUACUUUAUUAUUUUAUUAAAUAUUAUUUAUUUUCCUUUCAUUAGAUAAUAUCGUAUUUAUAUAGUAGCGUAGCGAGACGAUGAGGGGGGGGAGGUGUUGGUGAUGUAGCAACACUCCCUCUCCUAGACUGUGUUUAUUUACUACAUUUAUGUAAUAAAAUUUUGCAAGAUAAUUAUUUUACAGUACGGCUAUAGGUACCCCAUGCGUAAACGUAUAUAUCACUAUGCUAUAUCACUAUGUAAAUUACUUAACAAUGUUCGUUUUUUUAUAAGAGUUUUAAUAUCAAAUUGUGAUGAAAAUCAUAAAUAUUGAGGCCCUUCAAAAUAUUUAUAAAUGUCGAUGUGUUUAUACUACAGGUGCAAAAUCGAUAAUAUGCUACAAGUGCAAUUCAAAAUAUGACUAUAGAUGUGGAGAUCCAUUUCAACAUUACACUCUCGGAUUGGUAAACUGCAACAUAACGGAAGUGCCUAGUCAUUUGCAAGGAAAAGAACCAGUGAUAUGUCGAAAGAGUGUCCAACGCAGUUAGUAUAAACCAUAAUAUAAAAAAACUAGUAAAAAAUAUGCCACAAAUAAUAUUUUAUUGUUGAAAUUUCAACAGUUAACGUUAGUCCAAGCAAGUUCUCUAUUAAAUUUUUUAGCUAAUAUACUCGUUUUCAAGUGCUGAAUAUAAUUAUAGCCAAAUUCAUAGCUGGAAACAAAUUCGGACGAUACAACAUUAUUUUUUCGUUCAAUUUUAUUAUAACCUUUUUUAGCAAUGUGACAAAAAUGUUCUGUUUUUAAAAAUUAUUGGGACUUUAGGGACCCUGGAAACCAUCUUACUCAUAGGAUCAUAGCUAUAGUAUCCUCGCAUAGUAAUUGACAAAAUUCAGCCUUAAAAUUAUACAUCUCAUACUACUUGUUUGACAUUUUUAGCACCGUUUUUAUAGUUUUGUUUGACUCACCGAGUAUAAUAUUAGAGACCAUAAUUUUUUCAUCACCAGUAAUUAUUGGUCUCAGGGAAGAAGGGGAAGUUAUUUUCAAUACAAGUUAAUUAAAUUGUUUAAAUGCAUACACUAAUACACUACAUACAUUUCGGAGAAAUCUUAAGCUAAAAUAAUUAAAAUUUUUUUUCUUUCAAUGAAUAAUUUAUUUACCAAAAACCUUCCUCUGAUGUGAAAAGUGUAGCACCUUUUUGAAAGGAAAUUUUAUCCGGGUGGUUCCUUUAAGAAAGUCAUUCUUUGAUUUUGCAAGCGGUUUUCAAAAUAAUCGGGAAAAAACAUAAAAUAAAAGCUGACAAAUUUAUGAAGAAACGAUUUCAUCAUUUUAAAUUUGUAUGCUUUCCGUUUUUUACCAGAAAAUAAAUAUAUCUUCAAUAAAAAACGAAACAAAACCGUUUUUGUUAAAUUUUCAAUCUAGUUUGUAAAUAUAAAAGGUUGGUUUUUGAUUUUCACUGUAAUUUUUCAAUAAUUGAGCAAAACUAAAAAAUAUAUUAUAAAUUAUAAGUUAUUCUUAGAGGUCAAAAGGAAAAAAGUUGAGUGUACUGUGGUUUUUUUUUUUCAUAAGAAUUUUAAUAACAAAUUUUGACGAAAAUCGUAAAUAUUAUGGCCUUUUAAAACAUGUAUAACUAGUGAUGGAUUAAAAAAUGUUUUAAAGGGGGAACAUUAAUUGUAUUUUCAGUUCAAUUAAAUCAAUUAAUAAAUCAUACAUUAAAUAAAUUAACAUAAAAGUAAAAACUGUAAUCCAUUGACAGGAGGCACUUGGCUUUGUGCCUCCCUGGAUCCAACACUGUUGUGUAUAACAAAACUUUGCACAGAAUCUUUGUUUCGUGAGCAAUGGUUUAUCGUUGCUUACAGAUAUAAAUUAAAUGACUUUAGGUAACCUACCUUCUAAACUUACCACCUGCAACAGUGGCACACCCGUCCCCAGUAUUAAUACUUUUUUUUUUAAAUUUUACUGAUAUUUUUAUUUGUUUUUUUUUUUCUUUUCCUCCUUCCGCUAUACUAUAUCAUAUGCAGUUCACGGGAGCAUCCGGAUAGUGCGAGAUUGUGGGUACACGGAAGAUCUCGUGCACGACGACCAGGAAUGCUACAGUAGACUUGGGUCCAAGGACAUUGACGUAACCCAUUGCUCGUGCACCGCCGACAUGUGCAAUGGUUCCACAACUGGCGUCCCCAACGGGCCGUCCCGCGCGACCAUAAUUGCGGUGAUAUCGGCAUCCGUGAUGUGUUUCGUCUUGCAAGCUUUUUAAUCAGCGGGUCGAUAGAACCAAGUAUACAUUUACAUCACAGUGCGAGAACAAGAGAAAAACGAUAUUUUCUUUUAUCAUUCGAAUAAAUAUAAUUUUAUAAAAUAUUAUUAUAAUAUAAACAAACGCUUUACGUAAAUACAUAAUAUUAUACUUAAAUAAUUAUUAUCUAAUAACAUAAUAUUCGAGUCUAGCUGCAGCAGACAAACAAAAGGUACAAAUGUGUCGAUCGACGGUCGGAUUGUACUAUUCAGAUUCAGAUCCAGAGUUCUGGAUCCGGGAAUCAUGCAAUUAUUCUGCACGAGGGGGUAUCAUAGGAUCAGAUCGUAAGAUUAUUAGAAGCAAAUUUAGUAAUUUCAAAACGAUAACAAAUCUUCGAAAAAUAUUUAAAAAUAUAUAUAUUUUUUUUUGGACUCCUAUUUUUGAAAAAGCUUUCUUUUUGGAAUUUCGAGUCCCCCUAUUGUCUCCUAUUCAAUGGUUAUUUUGAAAACUGUUACUAUAAUAUAAUUUUUUUAUUUACAAUAAUAUAGUUUGCCAUCCGAUGGCGCCCUGCUGCAGUUUCGAGCGAUACCUUUGAUUUAAAUUGUUUCCAUUUAUAAAAAAAAAAUUAUAUAUAUAUAUAUACAUAAAUAUUUUAUUAUAUAGGUAAAUAAGUAUUGUAGCUUAAAGUACUAUAUUAUACAUGACCUACAAUUAUAUUUAUUUUUGUCGAAUCGCGCGUAUACCUACUUUUGUAUAGCUCAAUUAAUUAAAAAGUUAUUUUGCACCGUACAUAACCACGUGCAUACAUUAACAGUACGUAAUAAAUCUUGAAUUUAUACUAUAUUACUAUGUAAUAUAAACUCUCGUAACAAUAUUUUUCGUUUUUAUAAUAUUACAUACUCAUAUCUAAGAAUAAUGUGUUGAUUUCCACGUAACAUUAACAAUUAACAAUAACAUUACAAUGUACAACCAAGUACCAAUAUUAAAAUACUAUGUUAUAAAAAGAUUCGUUAUGGUACAUAAAAUAUUCUUCACUUAUGUAAUACACGCGAAUUUAUUAUAUUUUUAUAUAUAAUAUUAUUAUACUUAUAUUAUAUUAUAUUAUCAUAUAAUUAAUAUAGUUUAGAAAAUCAUUUUGGUCAAACUGUAUUUUUAAUUAGAGAAAUUAAGAAUAAGCAGCCGAAUCGGAAACCAACAUUGAUGAAUUUGUACACACACACACGAUAACAAUUUCUACACAGCAAUAAUAUAUAAGUUAUUUUCGGGGUUCGUAUAUUCAUUGCACAAAAAAAAUAUUUAAAAACUGGAAAAUAUUCACUUAAAGUUCGGAAAUACAUAUUUAUAUGCACCAAAAUUCUAAAUAAUAUGUAUACAUAAUAGUAUAUAUAUACUUAUUUUAUAUAUUAGUUUAUAAAAUAAACUUAAACCAACAGUACGAUUUUGUAAAUAUGUUCGGGAAACUAAAUGAGAAAUUACAAUUUCUUAAAUUCAUACGAAAUAUGCGCUAAUCAGUUCAAAAAAUCUACUACAUUAUAUAUGAUGCUAUAUAUGCUAAAAUAUACGAAAUUGUACCUCACUAACAAUAUUUUCCUAUAAAGUAAAAAAAAAAAACUUGUCAAUACGUCAUGAACUUACGAGCCCUAGUUAUUAUAUUACAUUAUUCAUAUUGUAUUAUGCAAAAUCUAACAUUUAAAUUUUUACAUAACUGCUUUGUAAUGUUACUUGAAUUUUAAACAAAUUGUAUUGCUUCGAAUAAACAAUAAAUUACUUGUAUUAUACAAUAUAAUUUAUGAAAACAUAAUAUUAAAAAUAUAU